AAAAGAGGCGGAGCGUGUUUCCCGGAAGUGAGUAACGUGACUGGUAACCAACGACUACUCAUCUCCGAUAUCAUAAACUUGUGUCUCCAUUAUUCAUUAUUUUCAUCUAAGAGCGUAUUAAAACAUAAUCUUAUAAAACAUGGGAGACGAUGAAGAAAAGUAUGACGGGAUGCUGCUUGUCAUGGCCCAGCAACACGAGGGAGGAGUGCACGAGCUAGUAAACACAUUUUUCAGCUUCCUUCGACGUAAAACUGAUUUCUUUACUGGUGGUGAAGAAGGAGCACCAGAGAAGCUGGUCAAAGAUGCAUUUGAUCGUCACAGCAAGUUAGCAAUAAAAGCUCAUAAAGAAAAGCUGAAGAAACAGGAGAUGGAAAAGAAGGAAAAGGCGGCAAGAGCUGCCAAACUGAAAGCUGAGGAGGAGAGUAAAAAGAAGAAAGAGGAUGGACCUAAAAUUCAGGAGCUGACGGAGGAAGAGGCAGAGAAGCUUCAGUCUGAACUGGACAAGAAGAAAAAGGAGGAGGAGAGGAUGCAAGCUGGAGUUGAGGCAAAAACAUCAGAUAAACCUGAGAAAGAAAAAGGGUCUGACUCAGAAGGAGAAGAGGAUGAGAAAGAUAAAGAUAAACUGAAACCUAAUUCAGGAAAUGGAGCAGACCUUCCCAACUACAAGUGGACACAGUCUCUGUCGGAAGUGGACAUAUCCAUUCCUUUUGAUGUGAAGUUCCGCAUCAAGGGCCGUGACGUGGUUGUAGAUAUUCAGCGGCGCAACCUUAAGGUGGGACUGAAAGGACACCCGCCUAUUAUCGAAGGGCAGUUGUACAAUGAGGUGAAGGUGGAAGAAAGCUCCUGGCUUCUUGAUGACGGGAAAAUAAUUUGUGUGCAUUUGGAAAAGAUAAAUACAAUGGAGUGGUGGAACAAGUUGGUAACUACAGACCCAGAAAUAAACACCAAGAAAAUCUGUCCUGAAAAUUCCAAGUUGUCAGACUUGGAUGGAGAGACGCGUGGCAUGGUAGAGAAAAUGAUGUACGACCAACGGCAGAAAUCAAUGGGGCUGCCCACAUCUGAAGAACAGAAGAAACAAGACAUCCUUAAAAAAUUUAUGGCGCAGCACCCUGAGAUGGAUUUCUCUAAAGCCAAAUUCAGCUGAGGUUCACUGUUCUGCUGCUUAGAUAUCAAAGAAUCAAUUCAAAGCAACAUUUAGGCUUAGCUCCUUCAUGCAAAUUUCUUUUGUUGACUAACUGUCUUGAGUAGUUUAAUAUUUCAUUAUUGUUGUCAGUCUGAGAACUGUGAUAACAUGUUCUUUUGCAUGUCUGUUAGAUAUUUGAAAAGAUUUUUUAAAUAAAAGAAUAUGAAAUCAG